GCAACAUUUAGCAACAUCUGAAAUUAAAAUGCGUCGGGUUGUUCUCUACUUGUUCGCCGUCUCCUUCGUGCUCGCGCAGUGCGAGGCGGGAGGGCCCCUCGGCGCUCCCAUAGCAGCUGUUAUGAUUUCGGGGAUGAUUGCGCUAAAGGGAGCAGCAAUUAUCGGCCUCCUCAUCUCCGGUCUGGUUGACGACUACGAGGACGGAGACUACACCGAAAACGGGGACUACGAAGGGGCCGAAGACGACGGCGAAACUGCAACGGCGCCCGAGAGAUGGUGGUACAGGAAGCGGCGCUCCGUCCAAGAUAUAUCCGCCACGGAAUCCCACCUCCUCUCGGUCAUCAGCCAGCUGGACACCCACGGCUGCAUCCUCAAGACGAUGUGCUACCUGCAGGAGGGGGACUCUCCGGACGCUCUCACGACGGAGGAGAACGUCCUGGUUGACCUUCUGUCCAACGGGCUGACGGCGUUCUCCAAGGAGGUCAACGCCACGAUUCUUCUGUCUAUGGGAGAAGGACUCGACACGACCUCUUUCGAAGGCGGCUGCGAUGCCCUCUUCAGUAAAUGUCCUUUUGGGAAAGAACUCUUGAAGAGGUUAUCUUAGGCAGGUUUGGGGAUGUGGCGUCUUAUCGAUCUGAAAGAAGGAAGGAAAGAAGG